AUGGGGGGGGGGGUCUGCAGCCACCUGGUGGUCAAGGUCAAGGGGAUCCUGUUCCAACGAACAACUCACUUUAAUUGUGUGAAGAGAUUAAUUCAAGCUCUGUCUCUCUGUGUCCAUCAAUCCCAGGACUUGACCCACUGUGAGCACUGUGACGUGGAAUGGAUCAAGAAAGCGGGUGACGAACAGGUGAACCUGGCGUUAGCCUACACUGAGCUGAUAGAGGAGCUGGGUCGGGUCCGAAGUCUGACCACGAAACAGAACGACCUCCUACGACAGAGCCAGCAGGAGCCUGUCUCUCGACCUCCUCCCACGCCCAAGCGUCUCUCACCCACGUCCCCCCAGCGCUCCUCCCUCUCCCCUGACAGGCUGAUGCCCACCCCCUCCCCUCCUCUGUCGUUGUGCGAUGGCCCCGCCUCCUACUCUCAGCAGCCAACCAGCAGCCGUCUUCGAGCAAAGUUCCAGGGUCGGCGCAGCUACUCUGAGGUUUCUGACCCAUCAGCAGUCCACAGACCCGCAGCACGUCUGAUGAGGGACCCGGUCUCCACCCUCCCCAAACCCAGGCCCCUCCUGGGGGAGUCAGCGGGGUACGGCCAAAGCAAACCUCAGCUUCGGACCUCCUUGGUGGGCCUGGUCAGACCAGCGUCGGCUCACGGAGGUGGAGGUGACAGAGGAGGAGGUGGAGUUCUUUAUAUUAGGGGCGGAGAGAGGGGGGGAGGCAGCAGUCUGAGCAGCAGCCCUCAUCACUGUGCUCUGGACCGGGGGUUCCCAUUGGCUGCUGAGGUUCAUCACUUCUGUCGCAUCGCCGACCCACUGGAGCCCACCCCACUGGUGACGCCCCCCCAGUCCUCUGAUGAUGAAGAGGACGUGUGCGCCUACCUUUCGCCGGCCGCGAGUCCGCCCCGGACGCUGGGGGCCAUCGGGAUCGUCUCGUCCUCACCUCGAGAGCAGCCCCUCCGUCCCCCGUUCCCGUCACCUAGGAAACAGCCCCACCACCCCUCCUUCUCGGCCCCCGAGGGUCCUGCCACUCUCUCCUGCCAUCUGCCACCUUACAUGAACACUGAGCACGCUCAGUCGUGGCCUUCCAUCAAUUUAUGGAUGGAGUCAGAGGAGAGCGCUGUCCGUAGCUGCCCCCUGUGUCAGCUGACCUUCCCCACUGGAUACCCCGACGACGCCCUCAUCAAACACAUCGACUCUCACUUGGAAAACAGCAAGAUCUGAACCUUAUCGGUAUCGUUGAGACGUUCUACACCUGGAGACGAGGCUCAGAUCCCGGGUGUCGAGAGCGUUCAGUCAGCCUGCAUGCUUGGGUCGGUAGGACUUUUCCAGAACUUUCCACUGAGGCGCGCUGUGACUUUGGCAGCUCCAGACUUGAGCCUUUUAUCAUUUCAUCUCUGAGAUGUCUUUUUUUUUUAAGUCUUGUUGUUGAAGGACAUGUCUCCCACACAGACUGCUCUGUGUUGAAUGGGAAAAGAGAUGAAAAGCAGCGUUUGUACAUAAAAGACAGAGCUGUUUGGAACGGAAUGUUAAAUGAAAACAAAAAUAUAGAUAUAUAUAUAUAUAUUAAUCAUAUUAUUAUCAUUUCCUUUCAUAAAAAUUUUAAAAAAUGAAAAUAUAGAGUGAAGCAAAACCAGAGUUGGGAUCUACUGACUGCUGGAGUUGUACAAAGUAAAUGUGAGUAAAGUCUAAUGUGUGUGAAACAUUUCGUGGAUAAAAUGUGAUAUAAUUGACAGCAGAAGGCGUCUGCUGCCAUCGUCUGGUGUGGCCAUGAAAGUGCCUUGUCGUGUCCCACUAAUGGUUUUAUUUUGAAAGAGCAGAAUAGGGAAGAACAAUGUAUACAUAUAUGUACGCAUAUAUAUUGAUAUGUGUAUAUAUUCAAAUAUAUAUACUGUAUAUGUGCUAAAGUAUAUACAGUAGUAGGAAAAUAAAGAUAAAAUCGAUAGAUUGUAAGAUUAAAAUUAGAUAGCAACGAUAAUAAUCAUAAUACUUUAUAUUAUUAUUUAUGUUCUGUUUCAGAGAGACGAUACUACUACUAAGGGCUACUUUUAAAAUCGUGACUCGUCGUUUGAUACUAGAGUCUCUAUGUUUUCGACAGUCCGUCUCCGAUUCCCUUCUAGAAUCACUACGAUUCGAUACAGCCCAGAGCGUGUUGACGUGGUCUCACAGUCGCAACAAAUGCAUGUGACCUUAUUUUGAAAAUCAAGAGGAAACAAAACAAGUGUAAGAACCCUAGUCCUCAACUUAACAGACGACGAGAUCGAACGGUGAGACACGGAUAAAUCCGGUUGAUUUCACAUUUUGUACUUUGAAGACAUUUCACACUCGAGACCUUUACGUGUGUAUUUCUCAUGAACUGAAAAAAACAAACAAACUGCAGUGCAAAAAUGUUCUGACAAAAUCGUUUGAAAAUUCUGAGGAAGUAAAAGCCAAACGUUCAACAAAACACCGCGUGUUGCCAUGUGUUUGUUUUCGGUCCCUGCAAGUUACAGAGGAGUGGCGUGUCGGAGUAGAAAAAGAG